AAUGGAGUAGGGGGAGGGAUUCUUGUGGGCGUCUGGACGAGCCGAGGUUUGAACUAUAAAGUGGGGAGUUGAUGCUGCGUACUGCUACUCCCGUACCGGCGGCGCGAAAGCUGUGAUCUCAUCGCUGAACCCUGGAGAAGGGGAAGAGCCGAGGGGACGAGCGGGGCGGAAGGGGGCAUUUUGGCGGAGGAAGCGGAGCCUCGCGGACCCUGCGGCUCUGCCGGCGGAGUACGGGCUGGAGGCUCUCCGCCACGCCGCUGAUGGAAAUCGGCCUCGGAGUUGUUUAAAUCCCCCGCCCGCAUCUCAUGUCGUUCUCUGCGGACCUGUCAUCUCCCGGAGUUGAAUGAAAGAGUUCCCUGCACUUCACAGCUGCGCCUACGUUUAUCAACCUUGAAAUUCAGCAACAAUGGAGAAGACUCAGGAAACAGUCCAAAGAAUUCUUCUAGAACCCUACAAGUACUUGCUUCAGUUACCAGGUAAACAAGUGAGAACCAAACUUUCACAGGCAUUUAAUCACUGGCUAAAAGUUCCAGAAGACAAGCUUCAGAUUAUCAUUGAAGUGACAGAAAUGUUGCAUAAUGCCAGUUUACUCAUCGAUGAUAUUGAAGACAAUUCAAAACUCCGACGUGGCUUUCCAGUGGCACACAGCAUCUAUGGAAUUCCGUCUGUCAUCAAUUCUGCCAAUUAUGUAUAUUUUCUUGGCCUACAGAAAGUCUUAACUCUGGAUCACCCAGAUGCAGUAAAGCUUUUUACCCGCCAGCUUUUGGAACUUCAUCAGGGACAAGGCCUAGAUAUUUAUUGGAGGGAUAGCUACACUUGUCCCACUGAGGAAGAAUAUAAAGCUAUGGUGCAGCAAAAGACAGGUGGGCUCUUUGGAUUAGCAGUAGGUCUCAUGCAGUUGUUCUCUGAUUACAAAGAAGAUUUAAAACCACUACUUGAUACACUUGGGCUCUUUUUCCAAAUUAGAGAUGAUUAUGCUAAUUUACACUCUAAAGAAUACAGUGAAAACAAAAGCUUUUGUGAAGAUCUAACCGAAGGAAAGUUCUCAUUCCCCACUAUUCAUGCUAUCUGGUUGAGGCCUGAAAGCACCCAGGUGCAGAAUAUCUUGCGCCAGAGAACUGAAAACGUAGAUAUCAAAAAAUACUGUGUACAUUAUCUUGAGAAUGUAGGUUCUUUUGAAUAUACUCGGAAUACUCUUAAAGAGCUUGAAUCUAAAGCCUAUAAACUAAUUGAGGAACUUGGUGGGAACCCUGAGCUAGUAGCUGUAAUAAAGCAGUUAAGUAAAAUGUUCAAAGAAGAUGAUUAAUCUUAAGCCAUUCUUGAGUAGGCCUGAUAGCUUAUUUUAGUUAAUUAUUUUUUUGUCUUUUAGCCUAUCAUCUUUUUAAAAAUUUGAAGCAAGCUGUUUGUCUCCAAACACUGAAUGGAUGGGGGUGAUGUGGGUGAUUUCCAUUUAGUGCCACUCUGUAAUCACUGUACAAAACUGAAGGAAUCCAGAGGAGCCACAUUUAAGUGGGUCUGAGCUGAAUGUCACAAAGUACUGUGAGUCCUUGUGGCCAACUCUGCCACGAAUGUUCGAUUGAUUCUUUCAAUAAAGAAUUCAACUUCUA